AUGGCCGACACACCAGCGGAAACAACGGCGAGCACCGACACUGUUAUCCGCGAUGAUGCCCCUGUAGCGACAUCCGCCCCGACACCUUCGUCAAACAUAUCACAGCCGUCCCCGUCUAGUCUGCCGUCGACUAUUACCGAUCGGAGGAAACGCAGCUUGCCCGAGGGUUCGCCCGAGGGCCCCGAAGAUGGCCGUUCGUCAUCGGCUGCUGCCGCCGCCGCCACCGCCGCCGCUAAUCGGCGAAGAAGUCACAAAGUCAGUCGCGCAUGCGACUUUUGCAAAUCCAAGAAGCUGAAAUGCUCCGGAACAAUUCCCUGCGAUGUGUGCACCCGGAAACGUCUCUCCUGCAUCUAUGACGCCACUUAUCGCCGAGGUAGACCGCCGACACCUCCGCCAGCAUCCAGUUCUGGCCCCGAGUUAUUCGAAGCCCGACUAGUCCCCUCAACUUCCCUAGAGGUGCAUAGAGUGCGGCUCGGUCGAGAAGCCGUGAUCAUGUGGCUGAGGAGGCAGAUGCUGCAGAGCGCAGCCGCCGUAGUGUUCUACCAGGCUCACGAGCCUCGCCAGAAGUCGAGAUUGCCGAGAUCGAAGGGCAGUUACGUUGCCCGGUGGUUCGAGAUUCUGCUCGCAAAUGCAAAAGAUAGCCGUCCGUUGUACCAUGAAAUUGGCCACGCCAAAGCCUCUAUCGUUUUGACCAUUCUCGCUAUCGUCACCCUCCGACAAAGCAAGGUCCGAAACGUCGACGAAGAGAAGUUUUCUCACCUUCUGCGCAGCGAUGCUCUCUUUUCUCAGGCCUUGAGUCUAACGGAUGCGGAGAUCGGGUUGCCGAAGUUAGAGUCCUCGCAGGCGCGCCUCUUGCAGGUGUUGUAUCUCCUCCAAACAUCUCGCAUGAACCAAGCGUGGUACGUCUUUGGGAGUAUUCUUCCCAUAAUCUCGGCGUUGGGUCUGCAUCGGAAAUCCGGACGCAACAGGGCCAACAGCGACAGGGACUACAUCCUAUCGCAGUGCCGUAAGAGAACAUUCUGGGUGGCAUACACCAUCGACAAGUAUCUGUCUGUUGUAUUUGGCCGGCCGAGGAUGUACCGUGACGACGAGAUCGAUCAGGACUUUCCUGAUUGCGUCAACGAUGAGGACAUGACACCCCAAGGAAGAUCAAGUGACGAGCCAGAAAUGGAUUGUCACGUUGAGAGCCUCAUCUUCCACGCAAAGCUCGCACAAAUCAUUGACGGCAUUUCUCGCGAGGUGUACUCGAUCAAGCCCGUCCAUAAAGAUGACCGCCUCAUGAUUGCACAUCGAUACGGUAAGGCUCUGCACCGGUGGCGCGAGUCUUUGCCACACCACCUGGGCACCGUUCGGCCCAUGUCCUUGAUUCCAUCAUUCAGGAGGCAGAACACAGCCCUCAAGCUGGCAUAUUGCCAUGCCAUUAUGCACGCCAACCGGCCCUUUCUUCUUGGAACGGGUGGCUCGAGAGGUGGUCAGCGAUCUCCUCUAGAAGACAGUAUUGAUGAAUGCAUCACUGCAGCCAAGGCCGCGCUUGAGACGGUCGACGGCAUGGCUAGUGACGGAACAUUGUUCCAUGCGUUCUGGUGGACGCCGUACGUCACCUUCUGUGCACUCGCGGUGGUGUACGUCUAUGAGAUUCAGAGAGGGAGACAGGACCCGGAAAGGGGUCUCUUUGAGCUAGCGGAUCGCUGUCAGAAUCACUUGGCGAAAGCAACGACUGCCGAGAGCCCAAGCCGCAGGUACUCUGUCAUUCUCGAAGAGCUUCGACAAGAGGCCAGUUAUCAUUCCGAAGGUCCUUCAGCGCGUGAGAAGAAGCCGACCAUUGAACGUGCUGAGCACGGAGGUGCGGAGCCGAUGCAAUUAGAUGAGGGUUCGGGCGCUCCAGCACCCCCGGCCGAUAUGGGCGAAGUGUUCCAGCAGCACGGAUUCGAAGGGAUGACGAACCUCCUCAGUGGUUGGGAGACAACGGAUUGGCUGGACUUGGACUCUUCGGUACACGAUUUCCUCCAGAUUUUUCAACUAGGAUGUUGA